GGUAAUUUCCAAGGAGCGAGCAGCACGUGGAUCCUCCCCGUCAUCAGGCAGAGCUCUUCAGUGAGGUGGGUUCAGGGAGAGUUCUGUGCCUCUGCUCAGCAGAGCUGCAGCUGCUGCCCAGCUCUCAGGAGGCGAGCUGGACACCUUCACUCGGCUGCAGGAUCAGGGACAGCAAGGUUCAACCCCGCCUGAGCCAUGCCAGCCAACUUCACAGAGAGCAGCCUCGAUUCUAAUGGGACCAGGCAGACGCUGGAUUCUUCCCCAGUGGCAUGCACUGAAACAGUGACUUUUACUGAAGUGGUGGAAGGAAAGGAAUGGGGCUCCUUCUACUAUUCCUUUAAGACUGAGCAAUUGAUAACUCUGUGGGUCCUCUUUAUUUUUACCAUCGUUGGAAACUCCGUUGUGCUUUUUUCCACAUGGAGGAGAAAGAGGAAGUCAAGAAUGAUCUUCUUUGUGACUCAGCUGGCCAUCACGGAUUCUUUCACAGGACUGGUUAACAUUCUGACAGAUAUUAUUUGGCGAUUCACUGGAGACUUCAUGGCACCUGACCUGGUUUGCCGAGUGGUCCGCUAUUUGCAGGUUGUGCUGCUCUACGCCUCUACCUACGUCCUGGUGUCCCUCAGCAUAGACAGGUACCACGCCAUCGUCUACCCCAUGAAGUUCCUUCAAGGAGAAAAGCAAGCCAGGCUCCUCAUCGUGAUUGCCUGGAGCCUGUCUUUCCUGUUCUCCAUUCCCACCCUGAUCAUAUUUGGGAAGAGGACACUCUCCAAUGGUGAAGUGCAGUGCUGGGCCCUGUGGCCUGACGACUCCUACUGGACCCCGUACAUGACCAUUGUGGCCUUCCUGGUAUACUUCAUCCCUCUGACAAUCAUCAGCGUCAUGUAUGGCAUUGUGAUCCGAACUAUUUGGAUUAAAAGCAAAGCCUACGAAUCAGUGAUUUCCAACUGCUCAGAUGGGAAACUGUGCAGCCACUACAACCGAGGACUCAUCUCAAAGGCAAAACUCAAGGCUAUCAAGUAUAGCAUCGUCAUCAUUCUUGCCUUCAUCUGCUGUUGGAGUCCAUACUUUCUCUUUGACAUUUUGGACAAUUUCGACCUCCUUCCAGACACCCAGGAGCGUUUCUAUGCCUCUGUGAUCAUUCAGAACCUGCCAGCAUUGAAUAGCGCCAUCAACCCCCUCAUUUACUGUGUCUUCAGCAGCUCCAUCUCUUUCCCCUGCUGGGAGCAAAGAUCGCAGGAUUCCAGAAUGACGUUCCGGGAGAGAACUGAGAGGCAUGAGAUGCAGAUUCUGUCCAAGCCAGAAUUCAUCUAGACCCUGGGGCAGUACCAGUGCUAGGCUGAGCACCAUCGGCUCUCCCAGGUCCCUGCCACCCACUUGGGCACGUGCAUGGAACCUGAGCUGACUUCACCCACCCUCGACAUCACCUGGGAGAUGCACAAGACAAAUGUUCUAUUGAGUCCAUGCACUGCAUUAAAUGUUGGCCAACACGAACUCCCCGGUUAUUCAUGCCAGCCAAAAGGAAAUGCCUUCCCUCCCCACCAUUCCCAGUCCUCCUUCCCACUUGCCAGCCCCUGAACCCAGUGAACACAGGCAUCGGUGACCCAGGUCCCUGGCUUGGAGGCAGUGAGUAGAC